AUGGCUGAAGAAGAACAAGAAUUUCAAUUGACCGAUGAUCAAAUUGCUGAAAUUCGAGAUGCAUUCAACAUGUACGACAAAGAACGAAAGGGUGAAAUUCCAACAUCGAUUCUUGCUGAAUGUAUCGAAGCUGUCGAUGGUGAUGGAAGUGGUACCGUCGAUUUUGAUGAAUUUCUUGCUUUAAUGGCAAAGAAGACCAAGGAAGCUGAAGAUGAACGAGAAUUACGUGAAGUAUUUCGUGUCUUCGAUAAAAAUAGCCGUGGUGUUAUCGAUGUUGCCGAUUUGAAAAUGAUCUUCAAGGCACUCGAUCCCGACAUGCCAGAUGAUGAAGUUGAACAAAUUAUCUCUGAAGUCGACGAAGAUGGUUCAGGCACUGUCGAUUACGAAGAAUUUUACAAAUUAAUGACAGGCUAA